AUGGAAUCAGGGUGUCUGACAACAGAAGCUUCUUUUCCUUAAAUGAAAUCGUGGAGUUUAGGUGUCAGCCCGGCUUUGUCAUGAAAGGACCCUCCAGUGUGCGGUGCCAGGCCCAAAACAAAUGGGUGCCGGAGUUGCCGAGCUGCUCCAGGGCAUGUCAGCCGCCUCCCGAAAUUCCACAUGGUAAGCACACCCCAAGCAACAAGGACGGCUUUUCCCCUGGGCAGGAAGUGUUCUACAGCUGCGAGCCUGGCUAUGAUCUCAGAGGGGCUGCUUCUCUGCGCUGUACGCCCCAGGGAGACUGGAGCUCAUCAGCCCCCAGAUGUGCAGUAAAAUCAUGUGCUGACUUCCUGGACCAGCUCCCUCAUGGCCGAGUACUAUUUCCACUUAACCUCCAGCUUGGGGCACAAGUGUCCUUCGUUUGUGAUGAGGGAUUCCAGUUGAAAGGCAGCUCUGCUAGCCACUGUGUCUUGGUUGGAAUGGAAAGCCUUUGGAACAGCAGUGUUCCUGUGUGUGCACAAAUCUUGUGCCCAGAUCCUCCUGAUAUCCUGAAUGGGAGACACACAGGAAAGUCCCUGAAAGUCUUUCCUUUUGGAAAAGAAGUAACUUAUACAUGUGACCCCCACCCAGACAGAGGGAUGACCUUCAGCCUCACUGGGGAGAGCACCAUCCGCUGCACAAGUGACAGUCAAGGGAAUGGAAUUUGGAGUGGCCCUGCCCCUCGCUGUGAAAUUCCAGGUUACUGUAACCGCCCAGAUCAUUUUCAAUUUGCUAAGUUGAAAAUCCAAACCAAUGAAUCUGAGUUUCCCAUUGGGACAUCUUUAAAGUAUGAAUGCCGCCCUGAGUUCUACAGGAGGUCAUUCUCUAUCAGGUGUCUAGGAAACCAGACGUGGUCAAGUGCCAAAGAUUUCUGUAAACGUAGAUCAUGUAAAACUCCUCCAGAUCCUAUAAAUGGCAUGGUGCAUAUAGACUCUGAUACCCAGUUCGGAUCCAGAAUUAAUUAUUCGUGUAAUCAAGGGUAUCGACUCGUUGGUCACUCAUCUGCUAAAUGUAUCAUCUCAGGCAAUACUGUCGUUUGGGAGACGGAGCCACCAAUUUGUCAACGUAUUCCUUGUGGGCCGCCCCCCGCCAUCGCCAAUGGAGAUUUCAUUAGCACCAACAGAGAGUAUUUUCCAUACGGAACGGUGGUGACCUACUACUGUAAUCCGGGAGAGAGAAGGAUAAAGCCAUUUCGCCUCGUGGGGGAGCCGUCAAUAUACUGCACCAGCAUCGACAACGAAGUCGGCGUCUGGAGCGGCCCUCCCCCUCAGUGCAUUCUACCUAAUACAUGCACGCCUCCAGACAUUGAAAAUGGAAUCAGGGUGUCUGACAACAGAAGCUUCUUUUCCUUAAAUGAAAUCGUGGAGUUUAGGUGUCAGCCCGGCUUUGUCAUGAAAGGACCCUCCAGUGUGCGGUGCCAGGCCCAAAACAAAUGGGUGCCGGAGUUGCCGAGCUGCUCCAGGGUAUGUCAGCCGCCUCCAGAAAUUCCACAUGGUAGGCACACUCCAAGCAACAAGAACGACUUUCCCCCUGGGGAGGAAGUGUUCUACAGCUGUGAGCCUGGCUAUGAUCUCAGAGGGGCUGCUUCUCUGCGCUGUACGCCCCAGGGAGACUGGAGCCCUGCAGCCCCCAGAUGUGCAGUGAAAUCAUGUGCUGACUUCCUAGACCAGCUCCCUAAUGGCCAUGUACUUCUCCCACUUAAUUUCCAGCUUGGGGCAAAAGUGUCCUUCAUUUGUGAUGAGGGGUUCCAUUUAAUGGGAAGUUCUGCUAGUUACUGUAUCUCAGUUGGAACGGAAAGCCUUUGGAAUAGCAGUGUUCCUGUGUGUGAACAAAUCUUUUGUCCAAAUCCUCCAGCUAUCCUUAACGGGAACCACACAGGAACUUCUCUAGGAGACAUUCCCUAUGGAAAAGAAAUAUCUUACACAUGUGACUCCCACCCAAACAGAGGGAUGACCUUCAAGCUCAUUGGGGAGAGCACCAUCCGCUGCACAAGUGACAGUCAAGGGAACGGGAUUUGGAGCGGCCCUGCCCCUCGCUGUGAACUUUCUGGUCCUGCUGGUUACUGUAAAGCCCCCAAGCAGUUCCCAUUUGCCAAGCCUACAACCCUGACUGAUGAGUCUGAGUUUCCAAUUGGGACAUCUUUGAAUUAUGAAUGCUCCCCUGGGUAUUUCGAGAAUAUGUUCUCUAUCACCUGUUUAGAAAACUUGGCCUGGUCAAGUGCGGAAGAUGUCUGUAGACGAAAAUCAUGUGGAAUUCCUCCAGAACCCUUCAACGGCAUGGUGCAUAUAAACACAGACACCCAGUUUGGAUCAACAGUUAAUUAUUCUUGUAAUGAAGGGUAUCGACUCAUUGGCUCCCCAUCUGCUGCUUGUCUCCUCUCAGGAAAUAAUGUCACUUGGGAUAAGGAGGCACCUCUUUGUGAGAGUAUAUCUUGUGAGCCACCCCCAGCCAUAUCCAAUGGAGACUACUACAGCAGCAAUAGAACUGCUUUUCAAUAUGAAACAGUGGUCACUUAUUGGUGUUUCACUGGGCCAGAUGGAGAAAAGCUGUUUGACCUUGUGGGAGAACAGUCGAUAUCCUGUACCAGCAAAGACAAUCAAGUUGGUGUUUGGAGCAGCCCUCCUCCUCAGUGUGUUCCUGCUAAUAAAUGCACAACUCCAGAAAUUGAAAAUGGAAUUAGACUAUCUGGAAAUAGGAGUUCAUUUUCCUUAAGUGACAUUGUGAGAUUUAGAUGUCAGCCUGGCUUUGUCAUGAAAGGGUCCAACAUUGUGCAGUGCUGGGCCAACAACACAUGGGUGCCUGAGCUGCCAAGCUGCUCCAGGGUAUGUCAGCCGCCUCCAGAAAUUCCACAUGGUAGGCACACUCCAAGCAACAAGGACGACUUUCCCCCUGGGGAGGAAGUGUUCUACAGCUGUGAGCCCGGCUAUGAUCUCAGAGGGUCUGCUUCUCUGCGCUGUACGCCCCAGGGAGACUGGAGCCCUGCAGCCCCCAGAUGUGCAGUGAAAUCAUGUGCUGACUUCCUAGACCAACUCCCUAAUGGCCGUGUACUCCUCCCACUUAAUUUCCAGCUUGGGGCAAAAGUGUCCUUUGUUUGUGAUGAGGGGUUCCAAUUAAAAGGCAGCCCUGCUAGUCAUUGUGUCUUGGUUGGAAUGAAAAGCCUUUGGAGCAGCAGUGUUCCUGUGUGUGAACAAAUCUUUUGUCCAAAUCCUCCGGCAAUCCUUAAUGGGAACCACACAGGAACUUCUCUGGGAGACAUUCCCUAUGGAAAAGAAAUAUCUUACACAUGUGACUCCCACCCAGAAAGAGGGAUGACCUUCAACCUCAUUGGGGAGAGCACCAUCCGCUGCACAAGUGACAGUCAAGGGAACGGGAUUUGGAGUGGCCCUGCCCCUCGCUGUGAACUUUCUGGUCCUCCUGCAUGCCCACAUCCACCCAAGAUCCACAACGGGCAUCUCAUUGGAGGACAUGCAUCUCCAUAUCUUCCUGGGGUGACUGUCACCUACACUUGUGACCUAGGCUACCUGUUGGUGGGAAAGGCCUUCAUUUUUUGUACACACCAGGGAACCUGGAGCCAAUCUGAUCAUUAUUGCAAAGAGGUAAAAUGCAGCCUCCCACAGUUUAUGAACGGAAUACGGAAGGAGUUGGAAAUGAAAAACGUCUAUCACUAUGGAGAUAAUGUAACUUUGGAGUGUGAACAAGGAUAUACUCUGAAAGGCAGUCCCCAGAGCCAGUGCAAGGCGGAUAAUACGUGGGACCCUCCUCUGGCCAUAUGUACAUCUCGCACACAUGAUGCUCUUAUAGUUGGCACAUUCUUUGGUAUGAUCUUCUUUAUUGUACCCAUCAUUGUUUCCUGUUGGAUAGUUCUAAAGCGCAAAAACGGUGAAUAAAGAAAAACCUCACUUAAAAUG